AUGUUCGAUCAAGAGAUUGAAUCAAUAUCGAAUAAAUUAGUACAAUUUAUUCAAGAUUUGACAGUUAAUAUUCAAACAAUUUUUAAUAAGAAAAAUUUUAAUGAAAAUUUUUUUGAAUUAUUUCAAUUACGUAGUGAUUAUGCUAAACAACUUGCUUGUUUAUUUGAUAUAUUAAUUAAUAGAUUUAUUGAAGGAUUUCUUUUAAAUCGAACAAAUCAAAUUAUAUUAAAUCUUGAUCCUGUUCAAAUAUGGAGAUCAAUACAAUGUUGUAUUGAUCAAUUAAAUGAUAUACAAUGGCAAGAUUUAUGUUUAAUUAUUAAACAUAUUCGAACAUUGAAUAAUUAUUUUUAUAAUCUUUUACUACAAUUAAAAAAUGGUGAAUAUAUGAAAAUUGAUCAAACACGUACAUUAAAUCAAAAUUUAAUUGAAGAAUUAAAUCAUCUUUCAGAAAAUUUAAUAAAUUUUACAACUAAUUUUUAUAAUAAUUGUCAAAAUAUGAAUAAUACAAAAACAAAAAAACCUUCAAAACCUAUUAACACUUAUUUAUUUCAAAGUGUAUCAACAACACAAUAUCCAAACAAUAACAAUCAUAUGAAUGAAACAAUACCAAAUAUUUCUUCAGCUAUGAAUUCAAAUUGUUAUUCACAUAAUAUGAUAAGAAAUCCAUGUCCACAACAACAACAACCAUGUUGUACUAAUAUUGGACAAGGUCAUUGUAUUCAAACCAAUCCAAUUCGUUGUCCCAUAGGGAUAGUUCCAACUGUUGCUACAUAUCCCUAUACUAAACCAAUGAGUUGUGGCAUCAAUUCAAAUAAAACUGAACCACCACCACUAUGUUUUCCAACACCUAUUGUCUAUACACCCGAAAUGGAAACAUUAUUUUCAUCCGGUGGUAUUAUUUAUGCUCGAAAAUCAGGUAAUACAUGGGUUGCUGAAAACUUGGGUACACUUAUUGAAACACUUAAAGAUAUUGGACAAACAAUUGAUAUGAAUGAUCAUUGUGAAAUUUUAGUACGAAAAACUGGUGAUUUAGUUGUUCGUCGAAAAAAAGGUCGUCGAAAACGUAUGUUACAAGAAAAUUUAAACAAUAAACGAACAACACUUGAUAAUAACGUCUAUGCCGAUAUGAAUACUAAUGAACAAUAUUUUGAGUCUAAUUUUACCAAUGAUGAUGAUGAUGAUGAAUAA